UUAAGUCAGGCUGUCUGAGGCUGCAGAGCUGGGCGCACACUUCUUAUCCCCCCAAAAAAACAAACAAAAUCAAAACAAGAAAAACAACCCACACUAUCUGCCCUGCAUAGCAAUUAAUACAAACUCGCAAUAACCAUGACGGCCAACGGAACCAACGAUUUGGUGCAGAUCCAGUUCGGUCUCAUCAACUGCAGCAACAAAUACCUAACUGCAGAAACAUUUGGGUUUAAAAUCAAUGCCUCCGCCACCAGCAUGAAAAAGAAGCAGAUCUGGACCCUGGAGCAUGACGGGGAUGAAUCCAGCGGGGUCUACCUGAAAAGCCACCUGGGUAGGUACCUGGCAACCGACAAGGACGGCAAUAUCACCGGUGACAGCGAGACCCCCGGUCCCGACUGCAAGUUUAUCAUUGUCGCCCACGACGAUGGGCGCUGGUCUCUGCAGUCCGAGCCUCACAAGCGCUAUUUCGGCGGCACCGAGGACAGGAUUAGCUGCUUUGCCCAGACCAUCUCGUUGGCGGAAAAAUGGAGCGUCCACAUUGCCAUGCACCCUCAGGUCAACCUCUUCAGCCUCACCAGAAAAAGAUACGCUCACCUGAGCUCCAAAAACGACCGGGAGGAGAUCGCCAUUGACCGGGACAUCCCGUGGGGCGUGGACUCCCUGAUCACCUUGGUCUUUCAGGAUCAAAGAUACAGCAUCCAGACCUCUGACAACCGCUUCCUGAAGAACGAUGGCACGCUGGUCGAGAAGCCGGACAAGAGCACCGGGUACACCCUGGAGUUCAGGUCAGGGAAGGUGGCAUUUAGAGACUCCGAAGGGAGAUACUUGGCGCCUUCAGGCCCCAGUGGUACCAUGAAGUCUGGCAAGAGCAACAAAGUUGGUAAAGACGAGCUCUUUGUCCUGGAGCAGAGUUACCCACAAGCGGUCCUUACAGCUGGAAACGAGAGGAACGUCUCCACCCGGCAAGGAAUGGACCUCUCUGCUAACCAGGAUGAGGCAGGGGACCAGGAGACCUUUCAGCUGGAAAUUAACAAAGACACCAAGAAGUGCGCUUUCAGGACCUGCACUGGGAAAUACUGGACCCUCACGGCCAAUGGUGCAGUUCAGUGCACCGCCUCUACAAAGAAUGCUAACUGCUACUUCGACGUGGAGUGGCGUGAGAAGAAGAUCACUCUAAAAGCCGCCAAUGGGAAGUACGUGGCCGCUAAAAAGAAUGGUCAGCUUGCAGCCACCAUCGACCAGGCUGGAGAGACGGAGGAGUUUCUUAUGAAGCUCAUUAACAGGCCUAUUGUUGUCUUGCGAGGGGAGCACGGCUUCAUUGGCUGCAGGAAGGUGACCGGCAUGCUGGACUCGAACCGCUCCUCCUACGAUGUCUUUCAACUGGAAUUCCAUAACGGGGCGUACAGUCUCAGAGACUCUACUGGCAAGUACUGGAUGGUUGGUAACGAAUCCUCUGUGAUCAGCAGCAGCGACAGUCCGGUGGAGUUCCUCUUGGAGUUCUGCGACUACAACAAGGUGGCGAUCAAGGCCCCGAACGGCAAGUAUCUGAAGGGAGACCAUGCUGGCGUGCUGAAAGCUUCUGCCGACUCCAUCGACGGCUCCACCCUCUGGGAGUAUUAGAAGGACUUUAGCAACCACUGUGGCUUUUUUUUUUCUUCUUAUAUAUAUA